AUGAAGAAGACCGAUGAUUAUGUGAGAGAUAUUGGCGUUCAACUUGGAUAUGAUCAGAUGAAGAUAGUCUCUCCAAAUGGUUUAAGUGGUGGUUUAGUGGUGUUUUGGAAAAAUUGUGUUUCAGUUUCUUGUAUUUCAUCUGAUUCUCGCAUUGUAGAUCUUCAAGUUGAUUAUAAAGCUUUUCAAUUCUAUUUGAGCUGCGUCUAUAGUCACCCAAUCCCAAGCCAAACACAUUAUCUGUGGGAAAAAUUACAAAGGCUUGCAGCCACACAUAAUGGUCUUUGGAUGAUGUGUGGAGAUUUCAAUGAGAUUAUAAGCAACUUAGAGAAAAGAGGAGGAAGAAUUAGAGCUGAAAGUAGUUUCAGAAACUUCAAGCGAAUGAGAGAAGUCUGUGAUAUGCAAGAUAAUAAAUCCAAAGAGAAUCCUUUUAGUUGGGUAGGUAACACUAGAGAUGGAAUUGUUGAGUGUUGCUUAGAUAGGGUUAUGGCAAAUUCUGAAUGGAUAUCGGAAACAGAAUUUUUGGAUAUUGGUGAAUCAGAUCACAUACCAAUGAUAAUGUCUAUUGAGUAUGUUGAGAGGAUAAAGAAGGGUCAAUUUCGGUAUGAUAAGCGGCUCGUUCAGGAGGAGGAUUUUGUUAAUACAGUUAAGGAUUUCUGGACAAACAGGACUGCUCAAAUACAAGACUUAAUGGUGAAACUGAAAAACUGUCGAACAGAGAUGGCGAAGUGGAAAAGAAGACAUUGGUUCAAUGCGGCAGAAGAUAUUCAGCUCAUCAGAGGUUUGCUGGAUAGGGCUGUAAGAGACCCUAAUGUGUCGGUUUGGGAAUUACGAAAGCUACGAUCAGACCUCAAUAGAGCUUAUCGUAAUGAAGAGAUCUUUUGGCAUAUGAAAAGCAGAACAAAAUGGCUAAAAGCGGGUGGCCUGAACACGGCUUACUUUCAUGGAGUGACGAAGUCAAGAAAACCGAGAACGUGCAUCAAGAAGAUUGUGGAUGAGGAAGGAAUAAUCCACACUAAAGAUGAAGCAAUAGGGAGAGUAGCUGAAGACUACUUCAGAAAUAUGUUUACAGGUUCUAUCACAUUACCAGUAGACGAUAUUACUCCUACAAUGGAUCAAAGGGUCACACAAGAGAUGAAUGCGGCUCUUACACGGCCAAUAUCAGACACAGAAAUUAAAGAAGUAGUAUUUUCCAUUGGACCAGACAAAGCACCAGGUAUAGAUGGAUUUACAGCUUCCUUUUAUCGUCAUUUUUGGGAGGAGAUUGGUUCUGAUGUAUGUUUAUUGGUAAAGCGUUUCUUUGAGACAUGCAUUAUGGAACCGGGAAUCAAUCACACUCAUCUAUGCUUAUUGCCGAAAAUAACAGAUGCGGAUAAGAUUGCGGACUAUCGACCAAUCAGUUUGUGCACGGUGAGUUAUAAAAUUAUCUCUAAGAUCCUAGUCAUGCGUUUGAAAGGGAUUUUGGGGGAUAUAAUUUCUGACUCUCAAGCAACGUUUGUUCCAGGCAGAAACAUAACAGACAAUGUCCUGGUGGCCCAUGAAUUGAUGCAUGCGCUCAAGUCAAAACGAGAUUCGUCAGAGCAAUACUUAGCCAUCAAAACGGAUAUAAGCAAAGCUUAUGACAGAGUGGAAUGA